ACUAGCGCCUAGUGGCGAAUUACUUCGGUAGUGCAACAGACAAAAUUCAUUACUUUCCUUUAUCAGGUGGACGGUGAUUUCUAUUUUAUGUUCGUGGUCGAGACGCGCGAACCCGGCGCUCACGGUUAUCGCUCGCUAUCAGUGUUGUUCUCGAAUACUUGAAUAGUUUUCACGGUUAGCAGCACUGUUAGUCGCGAGCGUCGGAACAGAGUUGGUCGGCCAUAUAUGAGGGUUCUGUCUGUUGCGUUUACCACCACCACCGCGGCCGCACACUAGGGGUACACAACCCGUCAUCUAUCUUCAACAUUUGAUUGACCAAUAAUCGCGCGCCAUCGUCGUCCCUACUGUUUUUACGACUGUUUUGCGACUAUGAUAGUACGCAUGCAUCGUGGGUUUCCGUUCAACGUGAUAUCCGACCGCCAUAUCGUGUCAUUUGCAAAUUUGUUGCAGCGAUCGUGAGCCAGCGAUAUCGUUUGGAUACGAUAUAAUCCAUGAAUUUUUGUUUUACACGUUUCACUGCAAGCAAUUAGACGUGGAUAUGAUUACUUCCUAUGUUUCGAUAAGCUAUUUUUAUGCUACUAUGGAUCACCACUGUCAAAAAAUAGAAAAUAUUCAAUCAAUAAAAUUAAAAGGAACAUGUAUACUGGGCUAUUCAUAAUGAAACCCCAAUGAAAUCUAUUUCUAUAUAGUAGAAAGUAAAAACCAUUUAUUUAAAAAUGAGUUCAUCCAAUACUUAUAUUCCACCUUUGAAAAAAAAAAAAAAAGACUUAAUUCCUCCAGUAUCAGUUGAAGUAAAACAUGAAUCAGUUCCUAAUUCUUUACCAAUUGAUAGUGAUCCGUGUGAUUGUCUUGAUACUGAUUGUCCUGGAUGUUUCUUGCCAUGUGAAUCGUGUGGAUCAGUAAAAUGUGGAGUAUUUUGUCGAGUUGGUCGCGAUUGGAACAAUGUAUUUAUCAAAGUUGACGGAGAGUAUUACUUUCCGCAAGAUGUAGAAACUACUACUUCCUAG